AUGUCAACUGAAGAUUCUUUAACAGGAACCCCCGAGACAUCAGAAUCCCCGAAAUACGAGUGCUCAUUAUGCCCCAAGCGAUAUAAGCGACGCGAACACCUGUUUCGACAUAUCAGUUCUCAUACAUCACAACGGCCAUACCAAUGCCAUUCGUGCGGCGGGGCUUUCCAGCGCGCUGAUGUUUUAAAGAGACAUAUGCGAACCUGUGAUGGCGGCACCCCGAGAGCAAGUACCCGAAGACGGGCUUGCGAUCGUUGUGUUCGUCAGAAAAAGGCCUGUAGCUCCCAUCAACCAUGCCACGGCUGCGCCAAAAGAGGUGCUCAUUGUUGGUAUGCCACAGACGCAGUGGCAUCAUCGCGAAGCCAGAAUAGCCCCGUAAAGGAUAUUUCGAACGACCAAAAUAUGAAUCCUCAAUUCCAACCACCAACAUCGACAUCUAAUACAACGAUGCCAUGGGGCUUCACUAUGGAGAACUUGCAAAACUUCGGCACAAGUCCGACCAGUACCUUCUUUGAUCCAACCUCUAUGCAAUGCGCCAGUCCAACUUGGCUCGACUUUUCGGCAUUAGCUCCCCAAAGCCCGGCAACUUUCGAACCGUCUAUUUCUAAUAACGGCACCCGGAAAUCGCUGCACUUUCUGGACAAAUUUACUAGCAACACAGGCUUAGUGUCUAGUUUUGAUUGCGGCACCCACGAGCAAAGAGAACAAGUUGCCGCCACCCUAGACCAGCAAAUCAUGUCUCAGCUACAGGAGAGAAUAGUGUCACUGUCUACCUUAGGCAUGGAUGUUCCAUCUCCUUUGAUACUGGAAAACAAUAGUGAUACAAGUCCAGCCAACGACUUACCAUUGAAUUGGUUCAGCGAUCCACUUUCCUUGAAGACACACGAGAUUCUUCUCUUAAUUGAAGAAGUGGUCACGAUCAAACCGCGUAACAGUUCUGUCAGCUUGGACUGGUCAUCAGCACUCAAGGAUGCAUGUCUGCAAUUCUUCUCUCCUUCGAACAUAAGAAGAUUCCUGGGGUUCUACUGGGCAAUAUGGCAUCCUAAUGUGAACUUUGUGCACCGGCCUACCUUCGACAUGCUAGCAGCGAAGCCAACACUCCUAGCUGCAAUGGCUCUAAUUGGUGCCUGUGUAUCUCCUGAUAUGCCCGAUAACGAAGAUGCACGCACCUGGUUUAACUGUGUAGAAGAAAUGGUUUUCAUUGACGACGAUUUCAACAGUGAUUUGACCUGCCAAUCCUCCGGCAAUAUGGUAAUUCAAAGACGCAAGAUUCAGGCUGUACAGGCUGCCUACAUAGUCUGUCUUUAUCAGAAUUGGGAGGGCGCGGAUGCGAGCAAGAGUCGCAUUCGACGUUACCGCUUUGCUACGUUGGUAUCUACUGCUCGUGAUAUUGGAAUUACAGCGGCGAGACAUCUGAACUACGGCGAGCUAGGCCGUCAUGAAUUUGAAUGGAAAGAAUAUGCAGCUAGGGAGGAACUCAUCCGUCUAUUCACUUGGAUAUUCUUACUAGACUCAGCAUUUGUUAUUUUCAACAACCUUCCUCCACGGAUGGUCAUCAAAGAAAUAAGAAUGCAUAUGGCAACACCAGAAGCUUGUUUCCAAGCGACAACAGCAGACCAAUGUCACCACCAGCUCCAACUCUUCCUGCCCGCAAGAAGUCUCUACUGGACGAUCUCGUUCCGCGGGUCAUUUGAGUCGUUAUGUAAAGACGAUUUAUCUGUCAAUAUACGCCACCUCCUCGCUACUCUAGCAAUUCAUUCACAAAUCUUCCAAUUCCGCAGCGCGGUGGGCAGCUUCCAACUCCGAGACCCGAUACGAAACGCACUUAGUAACUGGCGAGAUAUCUGGCACUUGUUCUCAUCGACAUUCCCCCAAGGAAUCACGCCCCACACGACAAUCGAAGACCAUCACAUCCAACCGGAGGAGCUCUGGAAACGAAUGGGGUUUUGCCGCUAUGCUCCCGAGUACUGGCUUCUAGCCCACCUGAUGGCCGAUCGAUUGGCGGUACUUGGUACAUCUAAGCCGGAGAAUGAGUUGGAGCCACUCGACAAGGGCCUGUUGGACCCAAUCCUGAAUCGAUAUGAUCAAACUAGUAUGCGGCAGAUUAAUGAUCUGAUUAUGGGAUUUCAGACAUUCCAGAUUUGA